CCAAGAGGUGAUAUGUUGAGCAGACGCCUCUAGGAGCGACUGAGAGAGCUGAGGCCAGGAGCUGUCACCAUGUCGGACAAAUUUGAGGUCACAAACCUGGACAUGAAAUCGGGGAUGACCCUGAAGAUUAAAGGCAAGAUCCACACGAACGCCGACCGCUUCACCAUUAACCUGGGCCAGGGCAAAGACAAGCUGAACCUGCAUUUUAACCCUCGCUUCAAUGAAUCCACCAUUGUUUGCAACGCUUAUGAUGGGAACAGCUGGGGACAAGAGCAACGAGAAAACCACCUGUGCUUCAGUCCCGGAGCAGAGGUCAAGUUCACUGUGGCCUUCCAGGAAAAAGAGUUCAAGGUGAUGCUCCCUGAUGGACACACGGUGACCUUCCCCAAUAGGCUGGGCCACAACCACCUGCGCUACCUAAGCACCGACCGGUUCCACGUCUCUUCCUUCAAGCUUGAGUGAACAUGUCCUCAGAAGUCGGCCUGAGCCCCAGAGCGGCUUCAGUCAGCCCUCCUGCAAGCCCCACCGGAACCACAGCCUCUAUUUAGGUCUUGCCAGUCCCCAAGGGUUCCUUGCAGCUUCUG